AUGGAACCUAAGCCUAGCUUAAAACCGUUCGACGUUUCGGACACUACUUCUAUCGUAACACGCUGGACAAAAUGGAAGCGAUCCCUCGAAUUGUUCUUAGAUGUCAACUGUAUAGCUCUCGCUUCAAGGAAGAGAUCAUAUUUGUUACACUAUGCAGGACCUGAUGUCCAGGAUAUUUUCUACAACAUUGAUGGGCACGACGCGAAUCCACCAGCAGGAUCCAACGUAUAUACCGAAGCGAUUCGUUUGCUUGAUGCUCAUUUUGCUCCUCUAUCGAACAUUCCGUACGAGAGAUUUGUGUUCCGACAAAUGGCUCAGGAACAGAAGGAAAACAUCGAACAAUUUAUCCAGCGUUUGCGUGAUCAAGGAAAGCUCUGCGAAUAUGGGGCUGCUUUAGAAAUCCGAAUCACUGAACAAGUAUUUGACAAAUGCAAUUUGGAUGAUUUACGGGAAGCAAUUUUAAAAAAAAGGCUGAUGACUGUUCAGGCAAUUGCGGAAGAAGGACGCUCCUAUGAAACGGUGAAAAAGAAUCGGGAAGAAAUGAAAAAGCCAGUCGCAGAAAAUAUGGUUAAUGCAAUCGGAAAACCGGGCCGAGAAGUGUGCUUUCGCUGCGGUAAUGUUGGUCAUUACGCUAAUGACAGAAAGUGUCCUGCGAAAUCCAAAGUUUGUGAUAAAUGUAACCUAAUGGGGCAUUUCAGGAAAAUGUGUAAGACAAAAAGGCAACAGAAAGCGUCAUUCAACCGAGCAUCCGGUGGUAAUUCAACCAAGAAGCAGAUACGCCAGGUAAAAAGUACAGGAAAUCAGUCUACAGAAAGUGACACUGAGAGCUCCUCGGAUGAUGAUGUUCAAAAUGUUUACGCAGUGAAUUCGGUCUCCGGCAAGGUUACUUGUUUCGUUGGAGGUGUGAAAAUGGACUGGGUUAUCGACUCGGGAGCUCAUGCUAACGUAAUCAGCAAAAGAACAUGGAAGUGGUUAAAAAGUCAAGGUUGCGUAGUCAGUCGGGAGGAAAAAUCAAAUAAGUCGUUGCGGGUAUACGGUGACGGAAAGCUGGAAGUAUACAAAACUGUGAAGGCGGAUAUUGCGACAGGCAAGAAAACAGUACACCAUGAAAUCUGCGUGGUCGACGUUCGAAAAGGAGCGAAUCUUCUCAGUAGACAAACAUCCAUGGAACUGGGAAUUUUAAAAAUCUCUGCCGAGGUCUUCAACGUUUCUGAAGCCAAAGAAAUGCCAAUUGGUAAACUAAAGAAUGUGCAAGUUGAGAUCAAAGUCGACCGGAGUAUUACACCUAUCCAACAAGCUUGUAGACGAUUACCAAUACCGCUAAAGGAAAUGGUGGACAGAAAGAUAGCAGAUCUUUUGGAGCAAGACAUCAUCGAACCUGCACCGCUAAACAUAACGUGGGCAUCGCCAUUAGUAGUCACACCUAAAGACGGGGGUAAAAGCGUGCGCCUUUGCGUGGAUAUGAGGAAGGUAAACCAAGCGAUUAUCCCUCAGAAACAUCCUUUGCCAACAUUCGACGAAAUCGUACCUCAUCUGAAUGGAUGCAAGGUUUUCAGCAAGAUAGAUCUGGUUAAAGCCUUCCACCAGAUAGAACUUGCCCCGAACUCUCGUAACAUCACAACUUUCGUAACGCCAGAUGCGUAUUACCGUUAUAAAAGACUGAUGUUUGGAAUGAGCGUAGCUGCAGAGGUUUUCCAAAGAUGCAUCGAACGAGUCCUCAAAGGUUUGAAAGGAGUGAAGGUAUUUAUUGACGAUAUGCUGGUCUAUGGAUCGUCACAGAAGGAACACGAUAUAAAUUUGCAAGCUGUGCUAAAUCGUCUGAAGGAGCAGGGGCUCACAAUAAAUGAGGAAAAAUGCGAAUUCGGAAAGCGAUCGGUCGUGUUCAUGGGACAUACACUAUCGGAGAAUGGAAUUUUACCAACGGAAGAAAAAGUGAGUGCCAUACAAAGUUUCCGCCGACCUCAAAACGCAACCGAAUUGCGAAGUUUUCUGGGCUUGGCGAAUUACGUCGGUCGAUUCAUUCCCAACUUAUCAACAGUUACCGCACCGCUUCGUGCAAUGACAACCAAAGGAACUAAAUUUCGAUGGUCGAAAGAAGCCAAACGAGCAUUUACUGAAGUCAAACGAGCAUUGACAGAUCCUCAACAUCUAGCCUUCUACAACCCUCAGUAUAAAACAACACUUGUAACAGACGCCAGCGAAAACGGCCUAGGAGCGGUACUCCUGCAAACGUUUAAAUCGGUAACACGCCCAGUAUGUUAUGCUAGUAAGAGUUUGAGUAAAACGGAAAAAAAAUAUUCAACACUGGACAAAGAAGCUUUGGCGAUCGUAUGGGCAACGGAGCAUUUCGACAUGUAUUUAAGAGGAUUGGAGUUUACCAUACUUACUGACCAUAAGCCUUUGGUGCACAUAUUCGGCGAUUCAUCUACUUUGAACCAGCGGCAGGAACGAUGGAUUUUGCGGAUGCAAGCGUAUCGGCAAAAAGUUGUGUAUGUGCCUGGUGAAAUCAACAUCGCUGAUCCCCUUUCACGGUUGUGUGAAACCACGGUGAAAACAUUUGACAAAGCAGCGGAAGAAAUUUUGUGUUCAAUUGUGGAAACUAAUAAACCAGUUGCUCUAACGAUGAGUGAAAUAAUUCGAAGUUCGCAGGAAGACCAAGUUAUACAAAAGAUUCGGCGAGCACUGCAUAACGAUAGCUGGGAAGAUGUAAUAAAAGGAUACGCUCCUUUCAGCGCUGAACUAUGCUUUGCGAACGAAGUUUUGCUUCGCAAAAACAAAAUAGUCAUCCCGCAAAGUCUCCAUCAAACGGUAUUACAGCUUACACACGUUGGUCAUCCUGGGAAAGAAAAAAUGAAACGGAGAAUAAGAGAAGCAGUCUGGUGGCCAGGUGUAGAUGCCGCUGUUGAAAAAUUCUGUCGAAACUGCAUCGACUGUCAGAUGGUGGGACAGAAAAACAAACCCGAACCGCUUCGCAUCAAAGAAUUACCAUCAGCUCCGUGGGUCCAUUUAAGCAUGGAUUUCUUAGGACCACUUCCUAACGGUAAAUAUAUUUUCGUUCUUGUUGACUUAUACAGUCGUUUUGUGAUUGCAGAGUUCAUGACACGUACUACUUCUACGGAGGUAAUAAGGUUUUUAAAGCAACUUUUCACUCGUACCGGCCUACCAUUUGUUUUAACAGCGGAUAACGCGAAGAAUUUCUCAAGCCAGGAACUUAAGGAUUACUGUGUGGAUUUUGGCGUAAAGCUUACACAUACAACCCCGUACUGGCCUAGCGCGAACGGGGAAGUAGAACGCCAAAAUCGUUCGCUACUAAAGGUGUUGAAAAUAAGUCAACAAAAUGAAUCAAAUCUCGAAAAUGCUCUACAGGAAUAUUUGUAUAUGUACUCGCUUACUCCGCACAGCAUAACCGGAAUACCACCUGCUACACUAAUGUAUGGUCGAAGAUUUAGAGAUCUUAUUCCGAACAUGCAGCACGAACUUCUUUUUGAUGACGAAAUGAGAGACCGAGACUUGGCAGCAAAGUACCAUGCUAAAGAGUAUAGGGACAAACGGGUCGGAGCUCAGGAAUCAUCGCUAAAAGUGGGCGACGGAGUUUUAGUUAAGAAUAUGCAGCCGCAAAACAAACUAACACCCGCAUUCCUGGCUACUCCUGCUACUGUAAUCGACAGAUACAGCAACACGGCAACGGUCGAAACAGCGGAAGGUCAAAAGUAUAAACGAAAUGUUUCUCACCUCAAACGGAUCGAGACACCAGGGACAGCAGAGAAAAGUGCUUCAUUCAACAACACUAAAAGUCCAGAGCCUAGUGACAACUUCCAAGAACAUUCAGCAAAUUCACAGACAACUGGACAUGAUCGUCCUCGCAGAGAAGUGCUAUAUCCAAAAAGAUUCGAUGAUUACAUUUUAGAGUAA